GCAAAUGAAAACACGUGUGAAGCCACGCUGGGGAGAAAUUACGCGCCCGGUGCGCACUGCGCGUCCGCACAGCCACGGACACAGCAACCCUCAAACUUUCAGCCCGCUUCAUUUCUGCACUUUUCAGCGAUUACGAAGCCGAGAUUGUUGCCGUUUAUCAUCCGCUCCGUCCAAGAACCGGAAUCCAGGUCACGCUGUGAGCUUUAAACAGAACGGAAACUGCCUUUUUUUUUUUUGACGAAUUGCAAUGGAGCCGCAGCUGGAGCGGUAGGAAAAGAAGAAAAGAAAAAAAAAACCCUUUGUGCGCUCUUGUCCGGAUUUAACAAAUGUGUCAUGUCGGAGGGAAAUAACUCAGCCUCCGAGCCUGACACAUACCUUGAAAGUGAGGAAUGUCCCGCGGAGGAUUCGUUUGGCUUUGGAGAUGAUCUGGAGCUGAACCAGUUUGAUGGAUUGCCCUUCUCCUCGCGGUACUACAAACUGCUGCAGGAGAGGAAGACCCUGUCGGUCUGGAGGGUCAGGUGCGAGUUUGAAGACGCUCUGGUGAACAACCAGCUGGUUGUUGUGUCUGGCACGGCGAAGACUGGGAGGAGUACACAGAUCCCUCAGUGGUGCGCCGAGUUCUGUCUGUCCGCACAGUACCAGCACGGCAUGGUUGUGUGCACACAGACGGACAGACGGCAGGCUGUGGAUCUGGCCCUGCGCGUGGCUGACGAAAUGGACGUCAACAUAGGCCACGAAGUGGGUUACACCAUCCCUCUGGAGACCUGCUGCUCCUCCGACACCGUUCUGAGGUACUGCACUGACGAUAUGCUGCUGAGAGAGAUGAUGUCGGACCCUUUUCUGGAGCACUACGGGGUCAUUAUCAUCGACCAGGCCCACGAGAGGACAGUUAGCACAGACAUUCUGCUGGGUCUCCUCAAGGACAUCCUGCUGCAGAGGCCUGAGCUCAGAGUGGUGGUCCUCGCCAUUCCGCCCAUGGCCGACAAGCUGCUGAGCCACUACGGCAGCAUCCCGCUCAUCAGUCUGGAGGCCUCGUCUCCUGCCGAGGUGGUCCACAGCAGCAGCGGCAACAAAGACUACUUCUACUCAGCGCUGAGACUGGUGCUGGAGAUCCAUCGAACCAAAGAGGACGGAGAUGUCGUUGUGUUUUUUGCCUCGGCUGAGGAGGUUCAUUGUGCCCACAGCAUCCUGCAGAAAGAAGGCACCAGGCUGGGAGUGGAGCUUGGCCAGAUGGUGCCCGUGGUCUUGUGCCGAGGUCAGGAGGAGUCACCGCCCGUCUCGACUGAGCAGCCGGGCUCCAAGAGGUCCAGGAUGGUUUUCCUCUCUACCCAAAAGGGAGAGGACAUGUGGUGGCCUACAGAGUCCGUCAGCUUUGUCAUUGACACAGGAGUCCAGAAAAAGAUGGUGUACAAUCCAAGAAUACGAGCCAACUCUGAGGUACUUCAACCCAUCAGUCAGUGUCAGGUAGACCUACGGAAGAAGCUGUCUGGACCAUCAGGCAAAUGUUUCUGCCUGUAUCCAGAAGACAGCCCGCUCCCUGCAGAGAACUCCCCACAGAUCUUAGAGUCCAACAUCACACCAACAGUCCUGUUCCUGAAACGGAUCGAGAUAGCCGGCCUCGGACAGUGCGACUUCAUCGACAGACCAGAUCCCGAGGGUCUCAUGCAGGCGCUGGAGGAGCUGGAUUACCUCGCGGCUUUAGACGACGAUGGCAACUUGUCUGAGAUUGGCAUCAUCAUGUCUGAAAUCCCUCUGGACCCUCAGAUGGCGAAAGCCCUGCUGGCGUCCUGCGAGUUCGACUGUGUGAGCGAGAUGUUGACGAUCGCGGCGAUGCUGUCGGCGCCAAGCUGCUUCCUGGAGCCACCUGUUGGCAUGACCCACGAGGCGGUCCAGUGUCACAGAAAGUUCCAGCACCCUGAAGGCGAUCACUUCACCCUCAUCAACAUCUACAAUGCCUUCAGACAAAGCCAGAAAGAGCAAUACUUCAGUGCUGAAAAGUGGUGCAAGGACUACUUCCUGGAUCACUCCGCCCUGAAGACAGCCGAGGCCAUCCGAUCAGAGUUGACUGACACUCUGAACCGGAUCGAGCUCCCCAUCUCUCAGCCCUCCUUCGGAACCAAGAGCAACACCCACAACAUCAAGAGAGCUCUCCUGGCAGGGUUCUUCAUGCAGAUUGCUCGAGAUGUGGAUGGGUCGGGAAACUACUUCAUUCUGACGCACAAGCACAUGGCCCAGGUGCACCCGCUGUCGGGCUACGGGGCUCAGUCACACAAGCUGGGGCUGCCGGAGUGGGUCGUGUUCCACGACUACACCCUGUCAGAGAACAACUGCAUGAGAACGGUCUCUGAAAUCUCCCCUCAAGUGUUCAUUCAAAUGGCACCGCUCUACUUCUUCUACAACCUGCCCCCUAGUGAAAGCAAAGACAUACUGCAAGACAUGCUGGACCCGGAUGGCUCCACGAAAAGUAAAAAUGAGAAACAGAAAGCGGCGACAGUCGGCAGCAGCAGCAGCGACGACAGCGGAGGAGGCGCAGUGGUGCCGCUGGCAUACGACAGAUGUGUAAUUCAAUGACGUGAAAUCAUAAAUGAGCUGUAAUCAUAUCUGCGAAUGCGUUUAUGCUUGUAACGUGUUUUAUAGUUGAUGCCAACCAGGGACUGAUAUAACUUAUUACACUGCUUAAAAGUCGUACGGAUGGUGACGUGUGUGUAUAUAAGUAAGGAAGUUUCACUCUCAUACAGGGUGAAGAUGGUGUCUAGUGAGAUGACACAAUGCACAAUCUAGUAAAUCAUGAACACUUUUUUUUUAGUUGUGAUGUGCAUCUGAUGGAAGUUUUCUAUCUUGUUUCUCACCCUUUCCCCUGCUCUGCUCCCCCCUUCAACACCUUCUGUCUGGAAAUGUGAGCAUCUCGACAGCUGUUUAGAUUUUAA